AUGAGCAAGAAACCACGACGAGGAUCUCAAACCCGAAAGGCGGGUUCCCAACGCAAACUGAUUCAGGAAGAAGAUGGUGACGGUGAAUCGCACGUUAUGAGAAGAAGGCUCAGUCAACAACGACUGGUCUUGUCUGCCGAUCAGCAGCAACAACAACAACAACAACAACAACAACAACAAGCAGACGAAGACGAAGAAAAGAUGAGUUCUAGUACAGGUACUCCCGACCUCACGUCUCACAACAAGGAACCACCGGCUGUGGUUCUGAGUGCGGAACUUGUGUUCGUCGAGCCGGAAGUCAGUGCCACCAUGCCGCCGGUCGAAGUCAUUUCGCCCAGGCCAAAGAAGAAACAACUGGUCAAACGACGGAGCAGCAAGAGUCGAGCACAAGAAGAAGAGGAGCCAAUAACGGUGUCUUCCUUUCAAUCCUAUUAUUCCGAAUCAUUGACAUUGUCCAAUAAUUCCAAAAGAACAUCAUCAACAACAACAACAACAACAACAACAACAUACCUCAAACGCCCCAAAUACCCUCGCUCGUUCCUUGGAAUGAUGGUUCGAAUUGUCAAGAUUCUGCACGCCCUCUUGAAUAUCAUUGUCAUUCGAGGCAGCGUCUUGACCCGACGCAAGCUCCAUACGAAACUGGAAGAUUAUUUGUUGCAACAAGAACAGCAACAAGAACAGCAACAAGACCAAGUGCAAGAUUUGACAGCCUUGUAUGGUGAACACAUUUCCCAUCACUUGUUUGUCUUUUAUUUGAGUUGGGGACGAUUGUUGGUGUGUUUGAUUGUAUUAAUGUGGGGCACUUGUACGAAUCGCUUACCCAAACCCAUUGCCAUUUACAUUGGCAUGGCCAUGCAUUGGAUUGAUAGCAUUCGAGCGCUCGAUUCGACCCAUUGGUUGCCGUCCUCCUCAGAUACGGAAGAUCAUACUGAUGAUCAUGGUGGCUACCGAUCUUCAACAGCCGAAGAAGAAGUCCAAACGGCCAUGGCGUGGUUGCACUUAUUUUGGUUCGUCGUGGAUGGAGUUUAUUGUCGACAGAUAUUGAAAAAGAGACGAUAUGAAGAACAACGAAUACAACGAGAAUUGUAUGACUAUUUGUCCGGAAUACAAGAAGAAGAAGAAGGAGAGAAAGAGAAAGAAAAAGAAAACGAGUUCAGUGGGCAUCAUGCCAAACAAAGCAAACGAGAUUGA